CUUGCCUUCAACAAAGAUGGUCGCAAUACUUCCUGUCUAGGACUUUUGCCCUCAACAAAGAUGGUGUUUGUGGUACAGGUUCCCUAUCAGUUUGGAUUCCGGUUGUAGUUUUAUUUAUUUAUUUAUUUAUUUUUUAACGAUACGUGGUCGCGGACGGAGAAAUGGAUGCCAGAGACAAGCAAGUUCUCCGCUCACUGCGUCUGGAGCUGGGUGCUGAGGUUCUGGUAGAAGGACUGGUUCUUCAGUACCUUUACCAGGAAGGAAUUUUGACGGAAAACCACAUUCAAGAAAUCAAAGCUCAAACCACAGGCCUCCGGAAGACAAUGCUUUUGCUGGACAUUCUGCCUUCCAGGGGCCCCAAAGCCUUUGACACCUUCCUAGAUUCCCUCCAGGAAUUUCCCUGGGUAAGAGAGAAGCUGGAGAAGGCAAGAGAGGAAGCCACGGCUGAGCUGCCUACAGCUCAGCCGAGAAAAGACCAUUUGCCUGAGAAGCCUUUUAUUAUUAGGCUUAUUACCGCAGCGCCAAGGGAGGCAGCACCAGAGUCUCUCAGUCCGGUCGCGGAGACUGCUCAGUCGGGCCAGAAGGGGCGUUUGGACCAAUCAAACUCUUGCCCCUCCGCACCUGUCGCAGCCACUGAGGCUUGUUUGGACCAAUCGUAGUCUUGUCUCUUAGCACUAGUCAGUCACCAGGCUUGAGUUUCACGCCAUUCAUGUGGCCUUUUGUCUUAGAGCGCGAAUCACAGCCGCCCCUCCGCUAGACCCCUGGGGGAGUGCUGCCUCUCUCACCAUGCUGG